CGAGAAACGGUAGCUUGGGCUGGCCUUUCAGCUGGGGAGUCGCCGUCUGGACAAGGGGAAAAGAGGGCGAGAUUUGAUCCCACGGAGCGCCAACGAGAGCGGCCUCUACCAGGAACUACCAGCACUACCACCAGCAUCAGUCCUGUACGGUUGAUUGCUGACAUUGCUGUGUGGGUGAAGGCUGAGCAGAGCAAGUACUAUUAUUAUUAUUAUCAUCAUUAUUAUUCGUAUUAUUUGAGUGGUAUCGACUUGUGAGGCGUGGUAUCAGUAUGGCUAGUUCGUCUACCUUGACGAAGAAGGCCAGCUCGGGUCUGUCUACGGCCCUGUUCGCGUGCUCCAAAUGCUUCAGUCGCCAUCCUUUUGAGGAGCUGUCCAUGGGUCAACAAUUGUGCAAGGAAUGUCGAGGCUCGUUUCCCGUGGUCAAAUGCACCUAUUGCCGCACCGAGUUCCAACAGGAAAGUAAAACGUGCACAUCGACCAUCUGCAAGCGUUGCGAAGCCAAUGUGGGCAAGUAUGGCAAGCCCUCGGGUUGCGAGUACUGCUCCAUCAUCGCAGCUUUCGUUCACGGGAAAUGUCAUCGUUGUUUGGACUCGUAUCGCAAGUACGGACCGCCCAAGACGUGCGAGCAGUGCAAGCAAAAGUGCGCCUUCGAUCGGGAUGACAAGAAAAAGUUGAAUGGCAAGCUGCUCUGCUGGCUGUGUUCGUUAUCGUAUAAGCGGGCUCUGGUCCGGACCAAGCAAUCGGAUCCGGCGCGCCAUUCGCGGGUGUUCAAGGAAAAGGAGCGCGAAAAGGAGAAGGCCAAGAAGGACAAAAGGGACAAGUACUUCAACCACAAGAUCCCCCAAAGGCCGGACGUUACCAAGAUGAACCACGAUGAGCCCUUGGCCAAGAUAGCUAAAUUGGCCAAGGAGAAGCGCAAAGACCGCGAAAACGACACGGAUCACAUCGCCGAGAUCACGCAGCUCAAAGAAAAGAUCGCCUCCUUACAGAAGAGUAUCGAGAUCAAAAACCGCGAGCUCUUGGCCAAACAAGCCGAGAUGACCAACAUGAAGGCUCGGCUAUUCAACGAAGAGAACACCAUCAAGGAGCGCAUGAAGACCAUGUCCACUGAGAAUGACAAGAAAUUGGGUAUCCUGCACAAGAAGAUACAAGACAUGACCGCGGAAAAUGCCCGCCUCCGACGCGAAAACGCCAAGCAGCCCCGCGCCUUUGUCAAACGCAACGAACUCUUCCCGGGCACCAAAACCAAGGACUUGAUCACUCUCAAACGCUCCGAGCCCAAAUCGCGCACCGACAGUCCGGCCGGGGAUCAAAUGGGUAGUGCGGUCACCAGUCGAUCUCAGAGCCGCUCCCGCUCUCGAUCCGGGUCCCGAGCUUCCUCGAGAAGUCGCUCCCGCUCCCGGAGCGCCAGCCCCAAUCGCAAUGGCCAAGCGAAGCGCUCGCGCUCGCGCUCGCACUCCCGAUCCAAGUCCAAGUCGCGAUCGGCCAGUCCAGCUAAAAGUGAGCCUGAGAUCAAUCGCGGAUCCGGCUCGCCAGAGCCCGAGAAAACCGGGUUAGUGGUCGAAGAAGAGGGGGGUCCAGAAGAGGUCGAGAUGAUGGCGCAGGGCGCAUCCCGAUCCGCUUCUAGGAGUUCUUCCCGCUCUCGGUCAAGUUCGAGGUCUCGCAGCUCUUCGCGAUCCAGAUCCCAAUCUCGAAGCUCUUCCCGCCAACCCGAACCCAUGGAACAGCCGGAGUCGGAAUGAGAGAAUGUUCGACGGUUUCGACGGUUUCGACGGUGGAUAUCAUUGAAUCCAACCACGUCUUCCUUUGUGAUACACAUAUGACACAAACCAAUCCAUGAUGAAUGAACAGUAACAAUGUUAGUAGGUGAAUAUGAACUUUUUUUUGACCAAUGGAUCGAGGUUGCAAUCAUGGGAGGAGAGCUCCAGUUUUCUUUUCCUUUUGUGGUCCGUAAAUUAAAAUACUCUCAGCGAUCCCUUUUUAACUACAAUUAGAAGCGGAAUUCAUUUUGUCAAAUGUUAUUUUAACCUUUAACGCUCUUUACACUUGGGAUGAUCAUUUGAUUGUACAUAAACGUAUCCAAAGAAAGGUCUUGGAGAUAUGUUGACAAUGUCAAGGGCCCUGCAGAAUUAUUUUUCAAUGAAUAAACUCGUACAUCCAUUUGUCAGUGAAAACCA